AUGUUAUACAGCUUAUUGAUUUUUGUAUUCUUUCUACCAGCAGCAUCUCCGGGAAUGUGCUAUCAGUGUGCCUCAGAACUUGCGCUAAUAAAUUGGUCCCGUUACGGUCUUCCACGAACCGAGGGUGAUUCAAUGAUGGCUGACGACGCAUGUUUGAAUGACGAAAUUCCGCUGGGACAUGUUCCCUGUAACGCGCCGUGCAUGACUAUCAAUAUCACAGCAGUUGGAGGGAAACAUGACGGAAAAGUGAUCGGGAUCGUUCGUGACUGCCAAACGUAUUUUCGAAGUCCGAAAAAAUUACCUGAAGGAAAGGAUAUCUUAUGCCGACACAGUGUGCGUGACACUGUCCGAAAUCAUCGCAUAAAUGUAACAUUUUGUUACUGCCAAGGACAAUUAUGCAAUGGCAAGUCUCCACAAGUUCAACUUCGACGACUUGCUCAACGGCGCUAUCCACGGCUCCCAGACUUUUCCGAAAUCGGUCGGAAGUUGUCACUGGGAUUGUUUGUGCUAACUGUUGUAUGGCUAUUUGGAUAG